AUUUUCUCUUUCUUUUUUUACUUGGGUUGCCUCAUUUUCCGCCAUCAUCUUAAUCUUCAUCCUCUUCUCUCCCUCUCUAUGAGUGUUUUUCAUCUUCCACGAGUUUGCUCAUCCAAAUUGUUCCAUAAAUAAACUUCAACUGAUUCGAAUUUGAUUGUUACCAUCUUUAGAGGCCAAAAAAGAAUCAACGAGAAGAAAAAGAAAAAGAAAAAGAAGAAAACAUUUUUACAUAGAAUAGAAUUUACAGUUUUUUCUACCAAAAAAAGGAAUAGAAAAACUCGUUGUUUCCUUUAACUCUGUGAUUUUUUCUUCCAUCUUGUUAACCUUACCUUAAUUUUCACUCUUAAUUAAGAAUAAGUGAUAAAUUGUUUUUCUAAUUGUGCAAAAAUUAUCGUAAAUCAACCGGUUAAUUGAGUUAAUCUUUUCUUUCUCUACAUGAGGACUAUUAUCAUGGCUUCCAAAUGAUCGCCAUCUUAUUUUGAUUAUCUUAUGAUGAAUCAUAAGGCCAACAAAAAAUUUUCUUCUCUUCUGUGAUUUCAUCUUUUUUUUCGUUUCUAUUUCGCCAACAACAUUUUCUUGUCUGUUACCAAUAUAAAUUCAACACCAUCUUCAUCAUCUCAUCAGUAAAAUUCACAUCGGUGGUAUUUUUAGCUUUAAAUUCUGGUAGUUUCUCAGAAAAUUCUAGUAACUCAUCUCGCCAUUUUCCUCUGUGUAUCUUCUUGAUUCUUGAUUAAGGUAAAGUGAGAGAGAGAAAAGGGUCGUAUUCUCACAUAGGUGUUUUCUUUUGUUCUUCUUCUUUAGAAUUAAAUUCUAUUCUAUCAGCCUGUAAAUUGAAGUGUUUUAAUCAUGGCCACUGCUUGGGAUAAAUUGGAACAAUUGUUAACCUGUGCAAUAUGUUUGGAUCGAUUUCGAAACCCAAAGAUGCUUCCAUGUCAACACAGUUUCUGCCAAGAACCUUGUAUGGAAGGUCUUCAAGAUUAUGCCCGACGGCAGAUUAAAUGCCCUGAAUGUCGAGCUGAACAUCGGAUACCUUUUCAAGGAAUUCAAUCCUAUCCCACCAAUGUUACUCUUCAACGGUUCCUUGAGUUACACCAAAGUAUAACCGGUGAAGAGCCUGAACCUGUUCCCUCCAUGAUGGAAAGGUGUGGUGUCUGUUCAGAGAAAUCAACAGUUACUCGAUGUAAUCAUUGUGAUAAAAAGGUUUGCCCCGAGUGUAAAGAAGCUCAUAUUGAUAUUCUUAAACGUGAAAUCUCACGUAUUUGUCAUCAAGUUCGUCGAGCUCUCAAUAGAUUACAAGAUGCUCUCUCACAAACCGAACGCUCAAUGGAAAGGUUAAAUGUUAACUCGGUUCACAUUCGUGAUGAAAUUGAAGAGAUUGUCCGACGAUUUGUUCGUGAUUUAAAAGCUCAAGAGGAUAAAAUGUUAAAAGAUUUGGAAACUUAUUCACAAGUAGAAUCGAAAAAUUUAACCAAAUUAAAGGAAGAUCUUGCCAUUGAGUAUGAUUUUCUUAAAGAUAAUUGUGACCUGGUUGAGAAAAAUAUCGUCGACCCAGAGAAAACCUGGAAUGAUGUUGAACUUUGUGAGGUGAAAUUUAUUUUUGUUAAAACUCUCGAUUUUCUAAGAAAUUUUGAUGCCGAUGCUGCCGAUUAUACUCGAGGUAUGAAGUUCUUGCCAAGCUCAGAGUUGGACUCACUUCGCCGUAAUUUGGUUAAUUUUGGUGAACUUAAACUGUCAACUCUCGAAGAAUCUAACGCUAAUGUACAUGCCUCAUCUCCUGGUUUAAUGUCCACCACUGGGGUCGGUUCAUCUUCUUUGUCGGUCCCCCAACAAAGUAUGCUCAUGAGAAGUCAGAGUGACCAUCGAUUGGCAACACAAUUUGCCCGUCGUGACUCGCGAAUGACUGAUUUAACUCAAAGUCGACUCAAUACUCCAGGUUAUUCUGAUUCCGAGAAAGAUCCUCGUGAUCCUAAUAGAGCCACAUCUCCCAGCGGUUAUUCAUCUCGAUCUCGACGAGAUGAUACAAGUCGACUUGGAAGUAGGUAUGGAGAUGAUAGUCGAGAUCCAACAUCUCGUCGAUUCCUUCGAGAUUCUAGUGAUACUUAUCGUCCUGGUGGAUAUUCUCGUACAGAUGAAGAUUCUUUCUCCACUGGGCCUCAGUUCAAAUCUCGUUUCAUGAGAGAACGAGGUGGUGAAUUGGGUUUCGAUGAUUUCGAUUAUGAUCCAUCAACUUACAUGCCUCGAAGUGUACGAUUUGAGGAACCCUCAUCAACCACCCCAACAGCAACUUCAUCUGCUCCACUAGUCAAAGUUUUCGACACACCAGAAGCACCAAGAGGUUGUCUCAGUGGGAUUGUUAAAAUUUCCGAUACUGCUCAUUAUAUGGAGCGUUCACAUGAGAAUGAGGUUCGAGCUAAGGUUGAAAAAGAAAAGAAAGAAGAGGAAUCACGAAGUCUUCCCCCACCAACAUCAGUAUCCUCGUACCAACCACCCUCAAGACCCAGGCCACCCUCUCGUCAGGUAUCCGAAGAUGAGAUUGAAAAGCAAAAGAAAAUGAAUCAAGCGGCAUCCGCAGCAUCAAAUGUCACCCCCAGUAGAGCCAACAAUUCAUCCGCGUUAGGUAAUAGCAAUUUAACCACAACAACAGCCAAUAGUUUAUCAAGUAAUUUAGCUCCAUCCAGCAUUGGAUUAACCUCUUCAUCAACACCAAAUUCAUUAGAUAAUUACGGUUCCAGUUUAUCGUCCACCACAGUGCCAUCCUCUGACACUAUCCGACCUGUUGCUCGACGAGUCGGUUCAACUAGAGAUGAUGAUGAUUUAAGCACAGGUCGAUCUUAUCGUGAUAACAAUACUUCCUCGACUACAACAACAACACCAUCCUCUCGACGUGGAGUUGGCUCAAGUGAGCUAACCUCAAGUUCAUUGGUUGAUGAUAAUGACGAUGAUCUUGAUAGUUCUAAUUUAUCCCGAAUUGGACGCAGACGACGUGGAUCAUUAUCUGGAGAAGAUUCAAAAGAUUCGUUGUCAAGUCGCUCAUCACAACCAACGCAAGCAUCUUCUGCAUCAUCAACAGCAUCCUCAUCACCUUCAACAACUGGCACUUCAAGGUCAGUACGGGCGCCGUUGGCAAAGAACCUACCGAUAGCCGAAGAAGAAGAAGAUAGAGAUCGUGACUUAACAAGAAGACGAGGACCAAAAUCAUCAUCAUUAGUUACCAAUAAUCCAGCCUCAUCAUUAGGCUCAUCGACUUUCGGGACAUUCAAUCGCAACAGAAGUGAGAAUCGAAACGACGACAAUGAAUAUAACUCGAGAGGAGCAUCGACCAGCGUUGGACGAAAAGAUGAUGUAGAUGAUCAAGACGAAGAUGAGGAUGAAGAGGAAGACGACGUAGAAGGAGAAGAAGAAGAGAUUGAAGAAGAGGAGGAAGAUGAGGAGGAGGAGGAAGAGGAAGAAGAUGGAGACAAUGAGGAACCAGAGGAGGAAGAAGCUGUCGAGGAAGAAGAAGAAGAAGAAGAAGAAGAAGAUGGAGAAGAUGAAGAUGAUGACGAAGAGGAAGAGGAAGAGGAAGAAGAAGAUAAUGAUGCUGAUUCAGGAGCUUGUGAUGCUGAAUCAUCUCGAACAAAUUAUCAAACUUAUUCUCAAAGAAUGGGUCGCCCUACGGCUUCUUACACUCCUGAGACUCCUCGUCAUCGAUAUUCAAGCGCAAUGACAACCCCAUCAUCACCUUUAUCAGCAACACCGUCAGUAUAUCAGAAUAAAAACACGACCACUGCCUAUCAAUCAUCGACAGCUCCAAACUCCUCUUUCUCUCCAUCAUCCACAUUACCAGGCUCUCUCCAUACGAAUCAUCAAAAACAUCCUACUUCUCAUUCAACUUCUGACCAAACUGACAAAGGUCGAGAAAAUGGGAUACCUUGUUCGGUUUCUGACCUGCUUAACCGUAGCGCUCAAGUCCGUCGAGACAGUACUGAACUGAGGCAUCGAUUUUUUGAAUUAGAUAAACCCAAUAAUUUACCUUCUCAGGUUUCAAGUGACUCUCGUAAGAGUAGCUUAGCUUGUUCGAGCCCCACUCAUCGUGGUUCACCUAGAUGGCCUCAAGGGUCAAGUACAGAAAAGUCUAGUUCAACUUUAAGAAACUUACCUUUGACUAAAAGGUUAGGUAGUAGUUCACUUGAUUCAACAAAAUCGUCAGCAUCAUCGUCAUCACCAUCAUCAAAUCGUCCAUCUAAGACCAGUUUUCAUGCUCGUUCAUUACCAAAAGACAGACUUGAUCGCACAGUUUCACCGCGAAACCUCAAACGCCAUGAUAAACAUAGUGAUCACUCUCGAUCACGACAAAAUCCUUCCUCAUCUUCCUCUCCUUCCUAUGCCCUUCCCUCUUCAUCAAACGAUCAGCAUGAAUCAUUCAGGUUCCAUAAUACUAAUCAAGAAAAAAGGUCAGUUUAUGCGAGUGCACGUCCAAAGUCAAAUGAAUCUGCAAGUGGCUUUGACAAUCGUACGACAACAACAACAUCGAAAUCGAAAAAAUCUAAUCCAUCCUUGCUUAAUUUAGAUCGAUCAAAUUAUCAUUCAACUGCUUAUCAGUCUAAUCCAGCCUCCGAUCGGCACAUCUCAUCAGCGCUAACCAGCAAUCCAUCAGCUGUUUAUGCUUCAACCUCCGCCGCUGUUGCUUCAAAUGCUUUAUCAUCAGGCUUAAAUUAUCAUGAUUUAUCUAAUUCCAGGCUAAGUCGAAGUAAAAGUUCCCAUUUACUUGGAGUGUAUUCUUCAGGUCAUGACGGAAGUGAUGAUGAUGAUGAUACUUCGACCCCAUCAGUGCCCACCUAUCGAAGUCGUUAUGCCGAAGCAAAUUAUGGUAAAGAAGGUCGUUAUCAGUAUCGAACUCGAGCUCAACCUAAAGACAGAGAGAGAAGUCCAACUCUGGAAGAUAAUUCUGGUCCAAGAGACAAUAGUACUGGAGCAAAUGCUUGGUCACAAUAUUUGCGAAACAAAUAUGGUUCAAGUCGUAAUUCAUCUGCAAGUUCAACUGGUUCCGCCUCGCGUGGUACCGCUGGUGGAAAAGCGGGCUUGAGUAAAAGUAAAAGUUCCCAUGCUGUUUAUUCACGAAACAUAUCGGACAGUUCAGAUGACGACGGAGGUCCAACAACUACUUUGGGUGGACCGAAAGUUAUGUCGAGAAAGGGAAGUCUAGAUGCAAGCGAUUCUAUCCCUGGGAGUGUUGGUGCGAGCGGGACCAGCGGUGGAGGUGAAGGUGGUCGUCGGCCAUCUUAUGGUUAUAAUCUUCCCCGAUCAACUUACCUUCAAAAGCGUAAGAUGAUGUUCAAAAUUGGUACUCGAGGAACGGAACCGGGAUGUUUCACUUGGCCUCGAGGUAUCGCUUGUGGUCCUGAUAAUAGUAUUGUAAUCGCUGAUUCGUCCAACCAUCGGGUUCAAGUGUUUGAUUCAACUGGUCGUUUUCUCCAUGAAUUUGGUUCUUACGGAUCAGGCGAAGGGGAAUUUGAUUGUCUUGCUGGAGUUGCCGUCAACCGAAUUGGACAGUAUAUCGUUUCCGACAGGUACAAUCAUCGAGUUCAAAUAUUCGAUCCAUCGGGUAGAUUUUUACGAUCUUUUGGUUGUGAAGGUCGAGUCGAUGGUCGAUUCAGUUACCCGUGGGGCAUCACCACGGAUUCACUUGGAUUCAUUUACGUUUGUGACAAGGAAAAUCAUCGAGUCCAAGUCUUCCAGUCCGACGGAACCUUCGUCGGUAAAUUUGGAGCGAUAGGCAAUCGACCAGGUCUCCUUGAACAUCCCCACUACAUCGCAGUGUCCAACACCAAUCGUGUGAUUGUCAGUGAUUCAAAUAAUCAUCGAAUUCAAAUAUUCGAUGUCAAUGGUCGCUCUUUGUCAACCUUCGGAUGCGAAGGUACCGAAGAAGGUCAAUUUAAGUUUCCACGAGGUAUCGCCGUUGAUGAUCAGGGUUAUAUUAUCGUCGGUGAUUCUGGCAAUAAUAGAAUUCAAAUAUUCAAUCCUGAUGGUACUUUCUUAAAGGCUUUCGGUAGUUGGGGCUCAAGCGAAGGUGAAUUCAAGGGACUCGAAGGUGUCGCAGUUUCGACUACUGGAAACAUUUUGGUUUGUGAUCGGGAAAAUCAUCGAAUUCAAGUUUUUUAAUCUAAAUUUGGCUCAAUCAACUACAAUUAACUUUUCUAAUUGUUUCGAUUCAACAAAAUACAGUCCAAAAAGCUAAAGGAAACACGAUAACUUUACCAAAAUUUUGGCCUGAUGGUUAAAUUGUUGUCAAUCAAUUACUAAUUACGACAGGAUUACAUUCACCGAUGUCGCAAUUUACUAAUUUAUAAUCAUAAGAUUAAUUAUAUUGUAUGUUGAAUAAUCAACAAAUCCUUAAAUUAUUAUCUUUUACAAUCUUUAGUUUUAAUUGUUCCCUCACCUAUUGAGCUCUAAUUAAGUAAAUUGUAAAACCCUCAUCAUUUCAUCACAACAAUUAACUAGUCACCUAGAUUCCUGAUACGAUCUGAAUUUGUUAUUUAGCUAAAUUUACCAUUCGAUAAACUCUCAGCAAUCAAAUUUAACCCAAUUGUUAUAAUCUAAUUCUAACUACGCUUCUUAAUUGUUGACCUUUAAUUUUCUUGAUUCGCCUCAUUCCUUUUCUUCAUCUUCUUCUUAAUCAUGAUUUCGUAAACGAAAGUGCAAAGUCUAGAUUAUUAAUUAAUAUUCAACUUUAACAAUCAGUUAAUUGUUUCUUCUUCUUCAAACAAUCAAUCUCAUCAAUUCUCUAAAUUUACAUUUAAUUGAUUUAAAAUCUAUCUUUUUUUUUCAUCUCAAUUAUUGUUAAUUAAAAUUUCAUCAAAUGAUUUAAUUGUACCAACGAAUUAAAACUUUACGAAUAAAAGGAAAAUUUAAAUUGCAA